AUGAGCAUGCACGAAAAGGAAUGGAUCCCUUCAUGGGGUGGCUACACAGAACAAGCUCAUCGGCAUUCAACGUUGCCGGCCCCGAUUCACCCAACAUCCGCACAUCGUGCUGCUGUUGUACCACCUCAUGAGACAAGUUCAGAUUCUGCCAGUGAUCACACACCAACAACGACGACGACGACGACGACGCCCAAUGACUCUUACCUAAGCUAUUAUUAUCAUCAUCCGUCGAGUCCACAUUAUUACGGUUAUCCUGAUCCACGUUCUUCUGCUGGUGGUACUUCUUUACGUCGAUCAGAUUCAUCUCAAAGAUCUUUUUACACUGCAUACAGUUCCACCAUGUCUUCACAACCCACAACACCCAAACCAACAUCGACACCUUCUUCACCACAACAACCUACCACACCACCUCAACCAUCCACUACAACCACUCCUGCUGCUGCUGCUGCUGCUGCUUCCGGCAUCGAUCAUACACCACCUACUACAACAAGUAAUAAUGAUCCUAUCGCAUCGCCAACACUUGCCAAACGUACGCGUCAGGCAUCAGGUGUCUAUUCUGUGCAUGAACCAAGUCCCAAGUUUGGUGCGACAAAAUACAAUGGCAACCUUUACGCUGUAGAUAGGACCACAGUGCUUGAUGUACGCAUCCAAUCCAAGUUUGAUCGAGGAUUCUUCAUUGCGGAUAAUGAUUGGACAUGUUAUCGACGCAACUACUUCCAAGUCAGUGCAACCUUCAAUGUUCAAGGAUUUCCAAUGUAUUAUCAAAACCAAGAAGAGAUGGGAUAUCUUGUGCGAGGUGACAAUGAUCAAUUGUAUCCUGUGAACGGGUUCAUGAUGGGUAUAUCAGCGCGGGUCGCCGAUGAAGACAAGCUCAUCAGCCUUGUUCAACACUCUCCAAAACGCGACAAGGGUCCUCAAAGCAUACCAGAACCAAAACCUGUUCGAGCAGGUGGCGAUCUUAGUGUCAUGUCAGCUACGACCGAUCAAUCUGUGGUCACUUUUGAACGUAUCCAAUUUAAAUCAGCUACAGCAAACAAUGGGAAACGACGUGCCGCACAGCAAUAUUAUGUCCUUUUGGUGGAGCUUUUUGCACGUCUUGAAUCAGGUCAUUUGAUAAAGGUAGCAUCGAAUCGAUCAGCACCCUUGGUUGUGAGAGGACGUAGCCCUGGUCACUAUGCGGAACGAACUGGAAAGAAUGGUAGUGAGGAACCACAAAGACCACAACAACCAUCAUCAGCAUCUUCAGUCGCAUCACCCCCUUCUAGCAGCUCAGCAACAGUAUCCAACAUGGUGCCAUCCGCUGCUGUCACAAGCGAUUACUACUACAAUCAUCAUCAACAUCAACCACCUCCACCUCCACCUCCAGCACAACAACACAAUUAUUCAGGCAGUAAUGGAUCCCACAUGUCAAUGAUGCCGCCUCAUGUGGAAAGUAGUCCAGUGGUAAUGCGAGGUGCACAUGAUCGAUCCAUUUCAGCUCCUGGUGCAGUGGAUGUGUAUCAACAUGAUAUGAAUCAACGCUAUGGAUACUAUCAUCGCCAUGACAACAGCAACAACACAGCAUCAUGGAUGCAUACGCGAAUGGCAUCAAGUGGUGAAUCUUAUCCACAACAACCACAACACAUGUAUCCCUCUUCUUGGUAUUAUGGUGGACGUCAUCAUCAUCAUCAUCAUCACCAACAACAACAACCAACGACACCUACAGAUCCUGGAAUGGGUGGUGGUAGUAGUGGAUCUCAUGGCGUGGUCCAUUCUUAUCAUGGAAUCCCACCUCCUCCACCUCCACAUACAUCGUCAUCUUAUCGAUCCAUGCCACCCUCAUCUUCCUUUACAACCAUUGAAUACCACAGUGAUCCAGCCACUACAUCUUAUGCACGAGAAGAACUCAAGUUGGAAGGAGGAAUAGGAACGGCAGCUACUUCAGAUAUCAGAGCAACUCAUGCACCAGGCCAUCAAGAUCACAAGCCACCUCGCGAAGUUAUGGAACAAUGCGCACAAGAGUAA